AUGUCGGAAACGCUCCUGUUGCUGCCAACCAUCGGUCUUAGGCGUGAAGGAACAGAACGUAAGGGCGAAGCUGCUUCUGACCGCAUCCGAAUACUUUCGUACAACGUUUUGGGAGCGCGGCAGGGGCUCGCGGACAAGCAUGACCACGUCGGCGUGGACAUUCGAAACUGGCCGACGAGACGCGACAGGUUACGGGAAGAGAUAUGGUCGUACUGCAAGUCCGACCCAGGUGGCGUUCAAGUCAUAUGUCUUCAGGAAGUGACCUUCAGGACGCUUGGGUAUGACUGGCUGCCCUUCAUGGCCAAGCUCGGACUAGACCGACAUGUCUAUCAGCCCAAAAGCAAUCGCCCCCAAAGGAGGCACCGAUCCCGGUGCCUGGGCGUAGCAAUAUUCUACAGCUCCACGCAUUUCGAAAAGAUGGCCGAAGUGCGCGUGGUGUUCUCCGAAGAAACCCGGGGCUUCCGAGAGGACAGCGGCCGCGAGGGAGAGCGCUCCCAUAGCAUCGUUGCGUCCGAGACACCGGAAGCAGUACCAGCAGCCCCAAAGGCAACGACAAGGGCGGGGAAGGGUGCGGCGCCGCCGUGUGACCAGUUCCUGCGGCGUGUCUACGGGGGUGACACGGGACGGGGGGCGAAGGGCGAGCAGGAUCCAGCUACGGUCUCCCGCCUAGAGCAGGACCUGGCGAACAGGCACGAUGCCGCCGCUUUGGUACGGUUGAGGCUGAAAGAAAGCGACGACCUCGAGGAAGGUGCCAGCGGCAAAGGUGGCAGUGGCGGCGGUGGGGAGACCGGGCGCUCGUUCACCGUCGUCUGCGCGCACCUGUUUUACGACCCCAAUCGACCGGACCUGAAGACGGCGCAGUGUCAAAUGCUGUUCCGGGCCAUCGACCGCCUUCAUCAGAAAUGUGGUGUUGCCAGUGCUCUUGGUGGCGGUAAAGCCGGUAGCGAAAUACCGUCGCUUGGCCCCGCAAAUCUGGUCCUGUGUGCAGAUUUUAACUCGAAGCCGCUCGUGGACCCGUGGUUUUUACCAGGGCCUUUGAAGGCUGCAGCACAAGCAAGACUCCAGACCACCGCGGCCAUCGGGUCUCAAGACCCGUCAGCACCCUCUCCCGGAAGCCAGCCAAAUACCUCCAAGGACGUCUAUCCCAGCAGUCAAGCUACAGCGAGUGGGGUUUACUGCCUGCUCAACUACGGCUGCGUACCCCCCACCCACCCGGAACACCCGGAUACCUUCAUCCCCGAAUGGCUGAAGCGCAAGGAACAGGAGGAGAUCUCUAGGCAAGAACUGCUGAAAAUGGGGGGGGGGGAGCAAUGGACGCCCCAGCGAAAUCGCCGAACACGGAGAGCUCCAGUUAUCCCCGCAGAACAUCGCCCGUCUGGCGAGUGGGUCAGCGGCUUUGGAGACACGUUGGAGGACGCGUACCGGGAUAGGGGCGCCGUGUCUCCUUCCUUCACGACAAAAACAAGCUCCUUUAGCGGAAUCAUCGACCACAUAUUCGUGUCGACCGGGGAGAAGGAUAGCGGCCUGGCAAUAUCAGGUGUACUGGCGUUUCCGCCAGGAGCGCACUUGACGGAGGGAAGGGAAACCUCAUCUUCAGGAGAAGAGCUAGAGCAAAGCAGUGAUGGACAGGAAGGAGUACCUGAUCGGCAGGUAGAGAAUUCCGCGACCGAUCAACCCGCCUGGAGCGAGUUCGGACCCAUUCCCAACAAGUUGUGGGGCUCGGAUCACUUGGCUCUCGGUGUUGAGUUGGUCUUGCUGUAGUUUGGAAACAGUGCAGCAAAUCGCGUGUGGUUGGUUGUCUUCAGAAAUUGCUGUAGACCCGGGCAAUGUGGUGGCUGCAGCCACGUGCGUUGGCCGCGUUCUACUCACUUGCAUGAAGAGCCCGGACGCGUGUCAGUGAUAAACACUACCCUACUGCAGUGCCUCUCGGUCGUGGAAGGGACUUGUUCGACGGGAGCAUGGGUGCGUCGAAGAGAAGCCAUGAAUUAAAUGGAUACCCACAUUGUCCAAAACAUGGAGGAUUGAUCUCAUUAUUUGCGGGUUCAAAGCCUAGACUUAAGUCGGCAAAUAUCGAUCAUCGCGCGCGGAAUCGUCUGUGUUCACAACUGCAGGGUGUGACGGUUAUCGGUGUAGGGUUGUUAGAGAAUUGACCUUGACGGCACGGGCUUUCUUUGCGAUGGUGUGUGUUUGGGAAUCAGGGGAAAAUUUCAUUUGUCUUCGCUGAGCAGCUAUCUUGAUGAAUGCUUUCGUAGGCGGCAUCUCUAAGAAUAUCAGAGCGUGCGGCAAGCUGUGUGAAGGUCUCGCAAGUUCCCUCUGCC